CACGUCCGACUGAAGUUGGACUUUCGAUUCGGUCGAGCCCACGAACAACACCCAACGGUUGAACCCUCUCGUUCCGAGCUGUGCAUUUCCUUGUCCCUGCUUCAACCGUUACUCUCUCUCCUUAAACCCUAAAAAUCACACAGAACCCAUAGCAAAUUCCCACUCUUUUGAUCCUCUAUACUUCAUGCUUUCUUAACUUAUUAAUCUUCUUAGUGUAGUUUCAAGAUGUCCUCGACUACUAUUCUUCAAUCCGACUCGCGUCGAAACCCUAGAUUGACAUGGGAAGGUUGCAGUGUUUUGCUUGACGUCAAUGAUGGUGACCGCCUGGUUUUUGCUCGACUUUCUCCCGCCUCGACGCUGAAAAUUGGGAACAAAAGUUUCUCUCUUAAGCCUUUAAUUGGUUGCCCAUUUGGUUCCUUGUUUCAAAUUGAAAACGGAGAGAAUGGUCCACAGCUGGCUCGCGUUAUGCCUUCCAGAGAAGAAGGCAUUAACUGUCAGGAAACGGAGGAGAUGAAGGAAGAGCAGGUGACAAAAGAUGAGCUGAGAGAUAACAGAGCGCUUGUAGACAAUAAUAAGGCCCAAAGCCUCUCUAGUGAAGAUAUUGAUGCAAUGCGAAGUCAGGGUGCAACUGGUGAUGAAAUUGUGGAAGCUCUCAUUGCCAACAGUGCAACAUUUGAUAAGAAAACAGUUUUCUCUCAGGAAAAAUAUAGGCUCAGAAAACAAAAGAAGUAUGCUCCUAGGGUACUUUUGAGGAGACCUUUUACUCGAAGUAUAUGUGAGGCAUACUUCAAGAAAUAUCCAGCUAGAAUUGGAUUCUUGCGAUUGGAUGCUUUAUCUCUUCUUCUUUCAUUUGGCAAUGUGACUGCAAAUUCCGAUGUCCUUGUGGUUGAUAUGGUUGGUGGUCUUCUCACCGGAGCAGUGGCUGAGCGCCUAGGAGGCAAGGGCUCUGUUUGCAACACAUAUGUUGGAAAUACUCCAAACCCUAUGGAUAUAGUAAGAAUAUUCAACUUUGAUGAUGAAAUUUGCUCGAGGAUAAUGCGGUCAUCUCUUGCCGACCUCACCUCAUCCCAAAUUGAACCUACCAAGCCUAAUGGUGAAAACAAAGUCAGUGAGCAGGCAUCUCAACCUGUUAGUAUGGACGAAAGCCCUCUACCAUCCACAGAUCAGUCCUCAGAUCUCAACUCAGAGUCUAUAGUUUCUCCAUUGACAAAAGUAUUUAAAUGUGCAAAAGCUGGAGAUAAGGCACCGCCAGAAGUUAUUAAUUUAUGGAAGGAAAACGGUUUUACUAGCCUAAUAAUUGCUGCACCACAGUCGGAUGCAUGGAGGCUUGUUAAAGAUCUGUUACCUCUUGUAGCUAGCUCUGCCCCAUUUGCUAUUUAUCACCAGUAUCUUCAGCCGCUUGCAACUUGCAUGCAUAAACUACAGCUUGAGAAGAUGGCAAUCAACUUGCAAAUUUCAGAACCCUGGCUUCGUGAAUAUCAGGUUCUUCCUUCGAGAACACAUCCCUUUAUGCAGAUGAAUGCAUUUGGUGGAUACAUUCUUAGUGGGACUAAGAUAUGCGACCAUCAAUGACAAUUUCAAUGCGAUAGCAUUUUAGUGCAACUUUAAAAUGCAGUGAAGGAUGGGAAGAAAACUAAUAGGAGGUUAGUAAACAAAAAAUAAUUUGUUAAAGUAAAAGCAAUACACACUUUUGGUAUGUGGGAGUUGGCACGCAAGACGAAAGAUUCUCUCCUAACGUACACCAUGCACUUAUUUUAUAUAACAUCAUUUUUUUAAAAGAUAUUAACCAUAAAAAGAAAUAGACAGAAGAGAAAAAGUCAAAUUGCUUACGCUAUGGAUCAGCAUAGAAGAUAGCAUAUAAUUAAAAAGAAUUUGUCUUCAAAUUCAAAUUAAACGAUCGACUUUGUUAUAUAUUAUAUAGUUUGCACUGUGCAUGAUUU